AUGAUCGCCGGCGGUCUCCAUCACAAUCCCCAGGCCGGAGCCGCGAUCGACGGCGAGACAAUCGCGACGACCGCAGCUCGCGCCCGCGAGACAAUGACCACCGGAGCUCUCGCCGGGAUAGCCCACGACGUCAUUCUACUCGCAGCCCGUCUGGGAAAGAGAGUGGGCGAAGAGACCGAGACCGAGACAGACGCCAUCGAGCACCCAGGGAACGAUCUACAAGUUCUGCAGAUGAGCAAGGCCGAAGACGCAGACACCGCAGCCAUCGACACCGCGAAGACCGUGAUCGCGAUCGGGAUAGUGACCGGCCAUCAAGAAGACACCGAAGCCCGCGACGACGGUCUCGUUCCCCCAAACGGUCACCAAGCCCACGGGCAUUGGAACGACGCGACCUCCGACGCACCUCCCCCAGAGAAGGAAAAGCCCAACUUCAAGAACACCGGGCGGCUCGCCGCUGAAACCAAUACUAUUCAAACCGAAGACGGACAGGGAGUAGUCUUGAAAUACCACGAGCCCCCGGAGGCCCGCAAACCACCAGCGAAGGAACCCUGGCGAAUGUAUGUCUUCAAAGGAGAAGAGUUGCUGGAGAUGGUCGAGCUGGGUGAACGCAGCUGCUGGCUGAUCGGCCGCGAGCGGCUAGUGGUGGAUUUUCCACUCGAUCAUCCCAGCUGCUCGAAGCAGCAUGCCGCAAUCCAGUUCCGCUUCGUGGAGAAGCGCAAUGAAUACGGCGACCGCAUCGGCAAGGUCAAACCCUACCUGAUUGACCUGGAGAGCGCGAAUGGGUCUACUGUCAACGGUGAAGCUGCUCCAGCAGGUCGCUAUAUGGAAGUGAUGGACAAAGAUGUGCUCCGCUUCGGAUUGAGUUCUCGUGAGUACGUUCUCAUGCUGCCAAGUUCCUGA